UGCGCGGUAAACAGUCUUUUGAUCUUUGAUAUAUAUAUCUCUACUUUUCACCAGGAAAUCGUCAAGAGAAAAAUAAAGGAAUUUUGAAGAAAUUCAGGACGAGAAGUUGGAAGAAGUGAUGGUGAUAGUAGGAGAUAAUUAGCGUUGUUGGACUGCAAACAUGGCGGUUAUGAGAGACCUGUGUUUUAUUUUCACGUUAAUUGUUCUGGCAUCCGCUGCGUUUGCUUGGAGACACGAGACGAAAUGGGGCGAAAAAGCUCCCCCGGGAUGUGUGCCUUGUCCUAAAAACAAAGAGGAUCUGUUUGAUACUCCCAUCUGCGGCCAGAACGGAAUCGCGUACAAGAACUAUUGCUAUCUGAGGCUAAGAAACUGCAUAGCUAAGAAACUCAAGAAGAAGGAAGUAUUGCCUUCCAAGGAACCCUCUACUUGCGGGCUUCAAAUGAAGAUGUACAAUUCGUUUGGAGGAGGCCUGGGUGGACCCUUUGGCAAAAAACGCAAGCGAGCGAUAUCCAAACUCAUAGACACAUAUCUGCGUUAGAGAUGUUCAGCUGUCCACCAUCUUAGAUCACCCUACAACUGUUGUCAACCAAACAGCGACCAUCUUUUCUCGCCAAGCUUGACGCCGAUCAUGGUGUACAGCGGAUGCUCCAUAGAGGAUAUGACAUCAUACUUUAGAACCGAGAGGCCGUCAGUCUUCAAGUGCGUCUGGCUUUGUUGCAGCUGCGCAUGUCUGAAAAUGUCAAAUGGCGCUGUAUGAAAGAAUCUUGUCUCCAUGCGCGAUAGGAAUAUUAAGACAGUCUCCCAUAGCUGGUGGGCAAGAUGGAAUUUAGUUCGUACUAUACUCCCAUCGAGGUUACUCGCUAGCAUUGCCUCAAGACCAUUUAAAAAUAGAGGAGAAGCGAGUCCUGAGGCGGUAGUUUGCGGGUAACAUAUGCGAGCAUGUGCGUCUUCAUCGCCGCGGAGAGGAGGGACGCGAUAAGAUGCGAGGGAGGGAAGCAAAAAGACUCUUAGCUUGCAGGACGCGAAGUGAAAGAUUUCCAAGACGUACCCAUAUAGCCGGAGAAGUGCUAGAAUUGUGCAAAUUGAUGCAAAUGCAGGCUUGCUUAGGAGGGUGGGGCGGCCGGUAAGGGGGGGGAGGGGGGUCACCAUGGGCCAUGCUGGAAUUAGGCUGUUUUUACUGGUAACCCCUUUGAGAAUGGGUGGAGUAAGCAUUGCAAUAAAACACCAUAACAGGGUCCUCAAUCGUCUUCUUCUGGUUGCGAGAUUCAGCGGGUAUUUUACGAUCGGUUUUUUAUACAAACACGACAAACAUCAAAAUACAAAAAAGCAAAGCGGAGAUAAAGCUCAGUAAAAAAAGCAACCUCUAGUUAUUACUUCUGCUUUUAUUAUAAACAAAAAAAAAAUAUCUGAAGGAGAUUUGUCUAGCCGCUCAGGGGAAAGAACAAAGUUACUCACCUGUCCGGGUUUUUGUCCGACUUUUUAUGUCCAUGUUUUAACAUCGUGUAUCGACCAAUCUGGUGAGCUGGUCGGGUUAGAGUCAGGGAGUGCUCAACAAUUCUUGAAGAAAAAAAAAGUAUGAGUUGCUUUACCCAUUUUAUCCUGACGCGUUGCUCAAGAGAUUGUUUGAGAAUAUUUCUGGCAUAGGGCUAACCUUACCAUAUUACUUAUUAUUUUAUUAAACUGAAAUUAGUUCACUUCUUUUUGUUUUCAUGGGAAAGAAGUGAACAUGUAUAUGAUGUGAGGGGGAAAGAGAAGACUUUAUUUUUUCUGUCUUUUCUUUUUAUUUAGCUUAUUAUUUUAAACUGAAAUUAGUUCACUUCUUUUUGUUUUCAUAGGAAAGAAGUGAACAUGCAUAUAAUGUGAGGGGGAAAGAAAUGACGUUAAUUUUUCUGUCUUCUCUUAUUAAACUUAUUAUUUUAAACUGAAA